ACAACAUUGAGAAUGAUGUCGUUUGUAGUUUACGUUGAUAAUAAAUCAGUUGUUCACAGAUCUACAUUAUGCAGCAGAGCUGUAUUUUUCUAUCUUUUUUGCUUCGUUUUAUCUGUUAUUUUGCCACUGAUUAUAACUUACAGAUCGCAAGGUCUAUGGGUGGAAGAGUUUAGAAACAAAGAGCAGGCUGAGGUGACGUACAUGGAACAGAUGCUGGUGGUGGUGCACACGACGUCGGGAGUGAUCUACUGGACCACGGAUCCGUCCUUCAGGGCACUUAAUCCACAGAUGCUUCGCCAACCCUUCCUCAAGUGGCACGAGUACGACAGUAAUCACGACGGCAAGCGAGACGGACUGGAACUAACUUUGGAGGUUCCUCUUUUGCCUCAUGAGUCAGUGCAGCAGGUCGACCUCGUGGCCAACAUGGAAUACUCUCUCCAUUCUCACUGCGACAUCUCAGUUACCGGAGGCAUAGCAUUUGAACGCAGCAGUUGUGCACCAAUGUCUUCAGUAAAAGUUCUUGGUGACGUCAUCCUCCACCAACGCCACAGCAUGCGCUGCUCACGAGCGCACCAGCACAAUACACAAUAUUUGCUGCAGCACCACGCUGCCUCUGACGACCCAACGCUCUGGUCACCGGUUAAAAUACUCUCAGAAUACUGGCUUAGAAACCAGACGCUACGUCUGAGCAACGAGUACAUCAUGAGCAUUAUAGGGCCGACCGACUUAUUCCGCGUGGAACUCUCCUUGAAGUACGUGGAGCAGGAACACGUGUACGUCGCAAGCUUCUGGCACGUGAUGAAGCACGCGUGGAUCCAGUACCUGAGCGUGCUGGUGGUCGUGGUCUACGUGCUGGACGUGGUCAAGAAAUGGGUCUACAGCAACCAAAUUGUGCCCACUCGCACUCACGUGUCUCAUGCCCACUUGUAUAAGAGAGAAUAACUUAUCAGUAUCUUGCAGUCAUACUUCGAAGUCUUCGUUUUAAGUUAUUAUAUAACCUAGAAGUUAGCAUACUAACGAACUGAAAGGUUAUUUCAGCCUGAUGAGUUAAGUACAACCAUUAACAUUAUUAAUAUUUGGUGUAGCAUUAUUUGGUUUGAGAAUACAUAUACUGGGUGCUUUUCACCAACAGAGUAAAGUUCAAUUUGAAUGGCUAAAUCUAGAAUCAUUUUCACAGAAGCAGCAUAAAAUUACUGCAAAUCGGUAGCAAGAAAACAAUAAAUAAACAAAUACCGUAGCAAUGACCUUAGAACUUAUGAUUUUCUUUCAGUUAUUCUAAGAUGACAAUGCCAACUCAGACUACUAUACUCAAAUCACUCAAAAAUUAUUUUACUAUAAGAAAUUGUAAUUUCAAGCAUAACAUCAUCGAAGAACGAUUCCGAUCACAGAAUAUUGACAGUUAUUAAAAUACGAGAAAAUGACAUAAAAAUGUUUGUAAAAUU